GGCUGAGGGGAGCCUGGGUAAAGGCAUCUUAAAUAGUCCAGGGUGAGAAUGGUUUCAGGAAAGGAGAUCCACGAAACUGCAGGAAAAGCAGCUGCUGGGGAGGAUUUAUUGAGGCCUAAAUUGGACUAAAGAUUCUUGGGGAAACUCACCUGAGCUGCACACGGUCUGGAUCUCAGGUUGGUGAUGAACUCCCUGAGUUUCUACGGGACCUCUGCCGGGGGCCUGUAUCCCCUCCACGGGGCGAACUCCGUGCUGUUCGACCUCCGCCACCAGGUGGCGCAGCAGUACCAGGCGUACUCCGCUGCGGCCGCGGCCCCGGCGGCGCACACCUUCUCUGUGGCCGAGAGGCUUGCAGAGCUGAUCCUCGAGGCUCGCUAUGGGAACCAGCAGAAGCAGCGACGCAGCCGCACUGCGUUCACCGUGUCGCAGCUGCAGGCCCUGGAAAAGGCCUUCCAGCAAACCCAGUACCCAGAUGUCAGCAUGAGGGAGAGGCUGGCCAUGUGCAUCAACCUGCCUGAGGCUCGCAUUCAGGUGUGGUUCAAAAACAGGAGGGCAAAGUUUCGUAAAGGCCAGAGAAGCUCCUCUCUCCUCAGAGAUCCCUGUCUGGAUGAAGCUCUGCAGAACAGCAAGACGGGACCGGAGGACGGGAAGACAGAAGACAAACAGGACAUCAUCACGUCCCACGCUGAAAGCCAAGUGUCUCCAUGUUUCUCUCCUCCUUUCACUCCCUACGUGGACAAAAACAGGAAUCCUAGCUCCAAUGUGUCACGGUUUACACCUUCACUCCCCUCCCCUCCACUUUUCACCUUCGUUGCUGCAGAGCGUUUCUGUCCUCCGCCUCAGCAGCAGCUUCUGUCCAUCGAGCGUCCACUCCCUCCGUCGUUCUGGCCCCUCAUACAACAGCACAUCUCCACCUCAGGGGAUCCUUUAUCUGCUACCAAAAAUGGCCGCCUCUCACUUCAGACUGCUUGCCCCAGUAAAGUGGAGGGUCACCCUGACCGGGGCCUGUAACGGACUUAAAUCCGUUACCUUCGGCCCUGGACUCUGAGACACAGUACGUGGCAGAAGAAUCCCAUGAAAGUUUUUUUUUUAAGAAUUGGUCAUGUUUCAACUAAAAACCUGUAAACUACUGGAGAAAUUAUACAUGCUUCUCAUAAUUUCUUUUUUUUUUUUUUUUUUAUAAAAUGUGGAAAGUGUGAUGUGCUAUUGAAGGCACCAGUUUCCAGAACCAUAUCUUGCUGCAGCUAAACCUUCACACUGCAAAAACAGAGCUAAAAAUAAGUCAAACUGUCUUGGAAUUAGUGCAUUUAUCCUUGA